AUGGUUAAUGUAAUAAAUACCAAAGCAAACACUACCUUAAAGAAAAUCCUUCAACUUAUUCCAGGGAGUACUCCUCGUCAAGAAUUUGCACUUAAAACACGUGCUAUUGAAUACAAUACAAUUAUAAUAUAUAAUGUUUCUACUGCCAUUUCAGCUUUGCAAAAAGGAAACCCUAAACUUGCAGAAGAACUUGCAAAUGAUGCUGCUAAUGAGGCUGACGAUUGUGAGAGUCAAAUAUUCUCAGGGAAAUCACCACUUACUACUGAGAACAAUGUUAUGCAUGAUGCUUCUGUCAUAACAUCAGCUAUUGUCAAAAUAUUACUCAAAAUGUUGAAUUAA